GGACGAGAAUUCCAAGAUGGCGCAUAUGAGUCUUGAAAAGUAUUUAGAUCAGGUCAGGAAGCGAUUUCGUUGAUAGUUUUGUAUUAAAAGAAAAAAAAAGAAGAAGGGAAACAAUCGAGAGCUGCACUUACUUUCAUGCUUGAACUUUCCCAAUAGGUGAAAAAAGGACUUGUUUCCAAAAGUGGCGACAUUUUAGCGGUAAGAUUAAAUUGUCCUAAAAUCGCACGAAAGCCAAUUUUCCUUUCUUCAAAUACACAGGAUGUUUGCACACUGUCGUAAGAUUAAUGGAGGGUUUUUCCAAUUUAAAAUUACAUUUUCGCAGACCGGGAUACAGUUGUGCAGUUUUUGCCUGCGCGUCGAAUACAACAGCAUGUUUUUACCAUAUGAUUGUUUAAGGGAAAGUCUAAAUAUAUAAAGAAGCACUUAGGGAACGGUCCCGCGGGAAACAAGUUAGUUUUGUUUUCCCUCGAGUCCUGAUGUUUCCCUCGACUUCGUCUUGAGAAACAUGAAGACUCCCGGGAAAACAAGACCAACUGUUUCCCUCGGGACCAUACAUUAAGUGUAUAUUGUUGCCCUUGCUGUAAAGUCGUAUCAAUCUACAUGUGCCAGUUUAUAAAUGAAAACUUGAUUUAUUUAAAGCAAAUAAAAAUUGAGCAUAAGAUAUCAAAGGAAUAGGAAGCAACUUUUCCUUUCUACUGACUCUUGCAAUUAAUUGUACCAGUGAAUAUUUUGCCUAUGCUCAUUAUGAUGUGUAAUGAUAUUUAAACAUUUUCAAAUAUUUAUGUACUUGUAGGAACUAUUUUCCUUUCGUCAUCCACACAUAGCAAGUCCAAGACUGCAGGUAAAACCAUUACAGAUUGCUCACUUUGGGGAUAAUUUGUAUAAGUAUGCAAUAGAAUAAUGGAUAGUCCUGAAGGCAUGCUAUGAUUGGGGUUCAAACUCCAAAUAUCCUUUGCCUUUCACCUUCAAUCAAUGCAUGUGGGAUUUGAGUUGAAAUUUUUGUAUUUGCUGCAGGAAUGAAUGAGUGAAAGUGAUCUUUUUGUAGUAUAUUAUCUCACUGUGUUAGUGUAUACUAAAACAAUUCUUUAUUUCAGUAUUGGUGGCUUGGGUAAGAUAUUUCCCUUGCUCCUUCUUGGCUGGGUAAAUAUCCACUUUUAGCCACCUCCACUAUGGUCAACACUUGUUAAUUAUCACAUUAUGCAGACAGCCCUGCUUGCACUUUUAUUGGAAAACAUGAAAAAAUCCCUGUGGGAGGGCUUUGUGCAAUGGGGUUAAUAGGGCUGGAACAAGGUCUGUGCAAGAUAAACAGAAUGGAAAAAAGCAGGAAGAUAGGAAGAAAGAGAGAGAAGGACAGACACAUGAUAAAAUGCCUACUGACUGAGAUAUGGGUUGUCAGGUGGGAUAGGAAGAUAUUUUGCUCUCUGUCAUGAUGUGUAAACUGAGCACAAUAAGGUGUGUAUGUCAUGACUUUGAGUGAAACAUUUCAAACCAGGCCUUGCCAAUUAGUGAAUGCCUGACUCAUGAAGAGAGAUGAAAUUCCCUGUUCCUGCUAGUGCUUUUGAGAUUGCAUUGGUGUUUAGUUGUUUUAUCAUAAAUUAUGAAAGGAACUAGUUUUUGAGGGACAUAAAAUCAAAAAUGUACAUAUAUAUAUAUAUAUAUAUAUAUUUUUUUUUUUUUUUUGAACCAACUUACUACUGCAUUGUAUCAGGUUUAGUUGGUUUGUAUUUUUGUCAGUUACCAGAUGCACAGCUGCAAUGUGAAAGAUGGUUUGAACCACCAUAUGAUGAAAUGGUAGCAUAUCAUCUCAGGUAAACUAUGCCUUUCAAAUUCAUCUCAAUAAAUGGGAGUUAUGGGCUUGUGGUUUUAUGAGGGAGGAAACUAAAAAAGAUACUCUUCUAUUUAUAUUGUUUUUUUUGCAGAGCUAUUUGGGCUGUGGCCAAUGGUGAUUAUGUUGAAGCACGAUCUUCCCAAGCAGUUGUUGUCCAAUAUCUUUUUUGAAAACCUAUAAUAUGAAAAAUUCUUGUUAGAUGGUUUUGGAAGUUUUGGAGGGAACAGCUCUUAAUAUGCUGUGACACACAAUCUUUUUUCCCUCACAAUUUUUCAAAUUGCAGUAGUCCAAAAAUAAUUUGUUUUAAUAAUAGGCAGGUAAUUAUUUCUUCUCCCUGUAUGUUCUUAUUGUCCGUUUACACUUUCAAACAUUUUUUACACUUCUUACAUGCUUGUAUAUAUUUAUUGUAACAUUCUUGCCACUCAGUUGAAAAUGACCAAAGUUUAGUCAAAAUGUUGUAUUUUACUAUUAAUUUUUACCAUCAAAAUGUUUACCAAAUUGUUAUUGAUAGGAAUGUUUAUGUUUUAAUUUUCUAAGUAUUAAUUUUUUUAUGUGCAAGUUUGUAUUAUUUUUUAAUGACUUAAUGAUUUAUGCAAAACCCUUUAAUCAGCAGUUGGGUUACUGAUUCCUUAGCAUUGGUACUAUUAAAAUCAAUCAAACAAACAUAUUGUGUUGUUGACCCAGUACAAGGAAAGUAUUGUGGAAAGAACCUUAAGUCAUAGCAACACCCAAAAUGUUUUUGGUGGAAAAAUCUGUUGUAACUUUUGUUUUGUACUUGCUGACUUUUUGCAUAUUAUCCAAUCUAUCUUUUACCUUAACAAAUAGUAAGUCUUUCACCCGUGCUUUUCAGAGUCAAAAAGAUGAGAACUGGUAUGUUUAUUAACAAGUAAUCCUACAAAUUAAUUUACUAUUAGAAAUGAUUUAGAUCAGAUUUAAUGCCUAACCAGCCACAGGAUAGAAAUCGUGAACAUCCUUGUUAUUAAUUGAAAGUGGAAAUGUGACACAGCUAAGUCUUUUUCCAUGUAAGAACAUGUUCUACACACUGUAAUAACAUCAGAUGAUUAUGAAGCAGUGUAGUAGAAAGGAAAAGCAGCAGUCAUCUUAAAGUUUUUUGCAAGUUUGAUCUUUUAGAGUUGAAUACAGAAGAUAACACUUGUGUACUUAAAGACUCUGUCACUGUUUAGUUUAUCCUGGUUAUGAAAGGUGACUGAGACAGAAUUUCUCCUUACCAUAUCAAUACAAUAUCAAGCAGACAAGUGAUGAGAAUAAAGAAAUUGUCAAUUACUGGAUUAUUUUUUGAUCCAAUAUCAAAUUCUCUAAACCAACAUCAUAAGAAUUGUAUGGCAGACAGUAAGGAGAAUUACCAAUGAGAUCUUGGAGGUGAAUGGGUAAAGCCUUGAGGAUUUCAUCAAGCUCCCCUAAUCUGUCUGCUUGCUGGUAUCCAGGUAUACUUCAGAGCAGAGAAAUGCCUGAAUAAUUAUGGAUGCUAUAUUUUGCUUUUACCAAUGCCACCUCAUUUGACAAGGGCAUGUAAUCUUUAUUCUGUCUUUGGAAAUAUUAACCUUGGUGAUAUUAACCUUUUUUAUUCACCAGGGCAUUGCCAUUAAUGAAUGUUGUCACAUUAGAUCUGAGACUUUUUGCCAUGCAGGUACUACUGUUUAAAAUAUGUAGUGCUUACUAAGAAUAAUAAUUAUUUUCACUUCAAUUCUUAAUUACAUAUUUAGUUCCAAAGAAUAUGUCACUUUAUCCAAAAAGAAUUCUGUGAUGUCAGAAUUUGAUUGUAUUUAAAAUUUUAUCAGUAAUAAAGUAAUUUUACCCUAAAAUCUAAGCCUGAAACAACUUUUUCAGAACUGUUUCAUUGUCAGUGAUGUUAAUUAGCCAUAUGCCACUUUAAAUAAUAACUAGGCCCAUGUUUUCAGCUUGCAUAAAGUAAUAAAUGAGUAAAGUCAUUUUAUGGGGCUUGAUGGCAUAAGUGAUGCCAGAACAUGCCUUUCAAGAGUUAUCAUGUUUUGUCUUAAAAAUAAUUAAUAAUAUUGGAAUUAUGAUUGGUGAUUUUGACAGGCAGACAAGCAGCAAGUAAGAAAGGGACAGGGCAAACCUGGAGAAAUGUUGGAGAAGGCGGCAGAAGUAAUGAUGGGGUGUUUCAGGGUCUGUGCAAGUGAUAGGUCAGUUCAUUGAGCUUGCCAGCUCUCACAGUUGUUUUGUUCAGGGAACUGUAUGGCUUAUCUGCAAUAUUGCAAUACUGUUAGUCAUUUAUUAUUCAACUACACCAAGUAAAGUACAAAUAAAGCACAAAUAGAGAACUAAUAUCCUGCAAUAUUGUAUGGUUAUUUAGGCAGUUAUUUUUUAUCGUCAAAAAAUCUGUUUAACUAGUUGGCUGCGUGCACUAUGCUUCUCUAUCUGCUUUGCUUUUCCCAUCUUACUAGAAAUGAACAGAAAGAUUCAGCAGAAAAAAAAGGAAUUGGAUAAUAAAGAACUUAUUAGACCUUCUGGUAUGUAGUAUUACUGGGUAUUUUUACUUGUUGUUUGUAUUUUGACUCACCCUACAGGCUGGUAAAAAUACAGCACAACUCCUAAAAAUAUUCAGUGAUACUAUACACCAAAACGAUUAAUAAGAUAUAUGUAUUUACCUCAUUGUUGCCUGCCAACCAUUUGAUGGGACAUGUAAGAGCAAUAUUAUUUUCAUUUGAGUGUAGCCUUGGUGGUUUUGCUUCAUAAUACUCUCUGAAUAGUCGAGAAAGUUGCACCAAUCUCAACAUAAAUAAAAAACCCUGAUACAUUUAAAUGGCUCUCUGCUUUUGUUUGUCAUACUUAAAUGAAUGGAUAUUUAUCAUUUUACUCUGUAGUCGUUCAUCACUUGAGGUAUCUAAGAAGUGGGGCAUGCUUGCACUUGUAAAUCAUUUAUUCAAGAUCUAUUUCAAGGUACUACUUCAAUGAGUUUAUUUGAUAUUUCAGUUCUGUGAUAAUCUGUACAGCAGUUUUAAAAUAAUAUACAGGAGAAAUUUAUGCACUUCUGAGUGGCUGGAUACAAGUGCAUUUUUUAUGUAACAUGUCAAAUGUGACACUAGAUGGUGGCACAAGUUUUGAUCUCUCCUAGAAACAACUGAGAUGUUUAUAGCACAUGCAAACUCAGUUUUCUCUUGACACACUUUGAAUUUUAACUUGAUUACACAGUGCAAGUUUAUUUUCUCGCUUAUAGGAAGGGACAACUAAAAAAAAAAGGGCUCACCAAGCAUCCAUAUAAAAGGUUCUUUCUUCAUUAUGAUGAAAUAACAGACAUUCUCUGUUUCCGUUUGUUUUUACUUGCCCUCCAGAUCAAUAAACUUCACUUGUGCAAGCCUCUUAUCAGGGCAAUAGACAGUGCACCCAUAAAAGACCAGUUUAAACUGGCUCAUCUGGUUACAUACAGGUAUGGAGAUGAUUAUAUGCAUGUUGCAUAGACAAAAGUACAUCUACUAGCAGUGUUCUUGACUAAUAAGUCUCUUCCCCCCUCUCUCUUAAAAGGAAACCCAGCUCCCUUUCCCUUCCAAACAAAAACUCUGAAAUUAGAAGUAGUGUUGUGUCUACAUAGCUAUUUCAAGAAAAGUAAUCGUGCGUUUUUCUUCUCUUCUGAUUUUCGUCAGAUACUUUGUAGGAAGAAAAGCUAUGUUUGACAGUGAUUUUAAAGCUGGUAGGUAUGCUAUAUUGAACAGCUUAACCCUUUAACUCCCAGAAGUGAUUAACAUGAAACUUCUCCCUAUAAUAUCCAUACAAAUUCAGCAAACAGGUAAUGAGAAUGUUCAAACUUAUCAGGUAAAAGCUGCUAUCUUGAUCUGGCGCUAAGUUGUCAUAACUAACUUACAAGGAAAUAUGUAGCAGCUAGAGGAGAGAAUUAACAAUCAAAUCUUGGGAGUUAAAGGGUUAACGACAUUUGUGUCUUUUUAUAUUUAUUUACUCUCAGCUGAAACCUUGGAAUUUUUAUUUCAAGAGGACUACACUACACAGUUUAUUGUGACUGUGGUCUGCACCAUGAACUUUUUUUCGCACAACGAGUACGCAUUAGUAAAAGAUUAAUGAUAAGAAAUACGAAAACUUUCGUGACGCAGAGCGAAAUUAAAAGUUCAUAUGUUAACUAUCAGGAAUGUAAAAUUGAUCAGCAAUUAUGUUGAGUGUAUUGAUCAAAGCUGUUUUUUCUGUUCUUGAUGUUUCAGCUGAUGAAUAUCUAUCAUUUGCAUUUGAACGCUGCUGUAUAUCCUCCAGUAAGAACAAAAGGUAAUCUUCAUCUGGUACUGAUCUGCUGUGUAGGUAUUUGGAACUUCAAACAACAACAUUCCAAUAACAUAAUUACAUAUUUUUUGUUGCAAACUUAAAAGAGAAAAAUUUUAUGAUUUAAUAACAAAAGCACGAGUUUUAAAAAUUAUAUCUUGUUACUAAAGGGAAGGUACGUCAAUUAGCAAAGGCGGUAAGUUUUUAAAGAAACUGUGGUGCUGCGUCGAUGGGAGAGUACAACAUGGUAAUCUAGUGUUAUCAACUAAGUUGAUAACGUAAAUUGGCCACCAUAAAGAGUUUAAAGGCUGACGUUUCGAGCGUUAGCCCUUCAUCAGUGUCAAGUAGUAAUCUACUAUCUCUCAGAACUGAUUCUCGUGUUCGUUUUCUGUAAGAUGUCUGUACAUUAUCGUAUUUACUCAAGUAAGUGCCGCCCUGAAUAGGCCGCAUUUGGGACAGAAAGUUGCAAUGCGUCACCCCCAAAUUAGCAGGUCUUUUGCGACAUGGAAGUUGAGUGAAAGCACAGCUAGUAAUGCAAGCGAAAAAUCCAGAAGAUACAGAUGGUGACGAUCAAAAGACGCCUCUGUUGUUGCUGUAAAAUUUUCAUACAGAUUUUGAAAUAGCUAGUGUACCGUUAGAUUCAGAGAGGACAUUUCUUCAUCGCAUCCAAUUUGUGCCGAAUAAGCACCGCCCUUGAAUACGCGCCACAUUUGACGCGUGAAAAGAAUUAACCCUUUACCUCCCAUGAGUGACUUAGAGAAUUUCUCCUUACAGUAUCAAUACAAUAUCAAGCAUAGAAGUGAUGAGAAUGAAAAAAAAUAUUGAUUAGGCGAUUAUUAGUUUAUAUAAAAAUAAACUCUCCAAAUUGACAUCAUAAUAAUUGUAAGGAAGACAGUGAGGAGAAUUUCUAUUGAGAUCUUGGGAGUUAAAGCGCCGCGACGCUUAUUUGAGUAACUUCGGUAUGCUGUAAAAAGGUGACGAGAGUGAAAACACCUACCGGUGAGAGGGUGUCUUUUUUAAGGAACAACGAAUUCUCGUGACUAAUUUAAAAGGGAACUGUAUGCUACUUGAAGUCAGAAACAUUGGUUAGAUAUUGGGAAUUGAAGGGUUAAUACGGAGAAAAUUUUCACCAUGGCUUCUAAUUACACUUUUUUUUUAAUUUUCAAUAUACUUCUCGCAGUGGUAUUUGUUAAGAUUGAAACACAUUUCAUGCAUUAUUCAUGGUUGUUUUUUGUCACCUAUCUAGGGCAAUCCUAAUUUAUCUCAUACCAGUGAAAAUGCUUCUGGUGAGUUAUACCUUGUGAACUGAAUGAAAUCUAGACACUAAGGUCUGAUUAUUUACACAAAGGUUAGCCGUUGUUUAACAAAACCGCGUAUUAAACAAUUCUAAAUUAACCUGAACCGUUAUCUGAACCCUUUUUUUGUGAAUAGCGUUAAGAUGGCCAAAAGCUAACAGUGAGAGGACUUUUUUUUUAAUUAUAUUAAACCUCGUAUAGAGAAAGUCCGAGGCCCACUGAUUGCAUAAAACCGAGGUUCUGGUGAGACUUCGUGUAAAUAACUGGCCCUAAGUAACGAAAUAUCCUUACACUGAAUAUAGUUUCUUAACUGCUGGUUUUUUUUAACGUUAGGGCUACAUACCAAAAGAGGACUUGCUUUUUAAGUACAACCUAAACCAGUUUGUUGAUGUGGUUAAAUCUGUCAGGUAUGGAGACACACGCAGCAGCUUAUAGGACAUGAGGCUUGCUAAAAUUGAUUUGAUUUGUUUUUUUGCAUUCAUUUAAACAAAUUUACCCUGGAGUUGUUGUCUUUUUCAGAAUGGGAAAUCUUGCACUUUUAAACGAGACUCUAGAGAGAGAACAGGUAUUUUGCCAAAUUCAUAUUGAUAACUGAUUUCUCUUUACAAUAUCCUUACGCUUUUAAACAGGCACCUGACGAGAAAAAAGAAAACGAUCGUAUUCUGAAAGGUUCUGAUCAUUAGGAGCCAACUGUAAUGUCUAUGGAGUUGGCUACAGCAUGAACAUGUAUUCAUCUUGCUGCUUUCCUCACCUUUUAUUAAAAGUAAAGUCUGUACUCAAGCCUAUUGGCCCACCCAGCUGUAGCUUAUCCUGGUUUCCAUGUAGCGAAGCGACAAGAAGUAUUACCACUCCCCCCUGGAUGCGAUGAUAGUCCAUUGCAAGGUUAUCCCCCAGCAUUUCAUCAGGUUUCCGUGACAAUUCGCAGGUACCCAUUUAUACUCCUGAGUGAAGAGAAGCAUUGGGGGGUAAAGUGUUCCGCCUAAGAACACAACACAUUGAGCCGGCACCGGUCUCGAACCCAGACCUCUCGACCCUGAGUCUAGUGCUCUGACCACUGGGCAGUGCGUUUUCCACUCCUCUCUUAUUAUAUCAAAUAUAAAUUGCCUUUUUUCAAUUUUUCAGGGAUUUUUCAUCCAGUGUGGUGUUUACCUUAUUCUGGAGAAGCUAAAGAUUAUAACAUAUAGGAACUUAUUCAAGAAAGUGUAAGUUUUAGAAGUCUUGAAUAAAUAUUUUUAUCUGUCGAAGUGUCUUUUGCAGAUACAAAUUAAAGGAAAUUGUCACACUCUUCUGUUUUUCUAAACUGACUUUUAAGAAAAUGUUGAGGUCUUAAAAACUUUCAUCGAACUUUUGUGUCUUAAUGGUUUCGUUUUGGAGUGAAAUAUCACUCGAGAUAAACUCGUCUUUAAUCCUAGAUUAGAGAAAGGUGUUUUUUCGUCUUGUUACGAGCGUGGGACAAAGAAAAUAUUCUGAGUCCCAUGAGGAAUGGAACCUCAGACCUGCGGAUUCCGCGCUCCGAUGCUCUACCCACUGAGCCAUAGAGACUACGGAUGACCAAGGUCUAUUACGAAGUUCAUAUGACACACGUCCUGCACACUGCUUGGACAAGACGAAAAAAACAUCUUUCUCUAUUUCUUUACCGAGCUCAAAACAUACCAUCUCUCUUACUUUAUAAUCCCGGAUGACUUUCGACGCUCUGUUGGAUAUUACUUGGAUAUAUAGGGUAACUUCUCUUUACAAUUUAGAUACGUUAGUACACAGGUGACUAGAAUGAACAAACUUAUCAACCCUUUGAUCCGUCAGAGUGACUAGUAUCUAAUUUCUCCUUACAAUAGCACUCUUGAAUCACACAUUAAAGUCAUGAGAAAAACAGAAAUGAUCACCAACUAAACAAGCUCUUGUUUGUUAAACAAAUUCCCCUUGUCUGCACCUUAGAAAAUGUAUAGAGAACUGUAUGGAGAAUAUACAUACUGACGUUAGGUUGUAAAUGGUUGACUCAGGGGUUUUACACGGACAUGAUAACACCAAAUUCUCAGUAAUCGUGUCAAGGAAAUAUAUGGCUGCCAGAAGAGAGAAUUUCGUUAUAGAUCCUGUAAACCGACUGAGAUGAUUGUGUUUAUACGUAUUCUCAGGGCUCUUCUGCUGAAAACUCACCAGUUAUCUUUGGAUGCGUUUGUUGUGGCUCUCAGAGCUAUGCAGGUAAGGAAUAAUUGGACUGAAUAAUAUAAUAAACAUACCAUUUUAUGAUUGUUUCGAUUCAGACAUCUUAAGGCCUUCUCUGCAAUGUUGACGUUUUCCUUUGCUGGUUUGACGGAAUAUGUCUAUCACUACUUCUAUUUAGAUAUAUAUUUUAUAAAAAGAAAUAUGACCAUGUUAGAUAUAAAAAUAAUGAAAUAAAAAAGUGAUUAUUAUCUCCGAAUCCCUUGGACUGCGAAAUGCAGUCGGGUUCGGUUGCGAACUCUUUGGUCUUAAAACUCUACUACUUUGUCUCCGGGUAAAAUCUUUUUUCCAUGAGAUCGAUAGCUUUGUCUCCUGUCGCAUCAGAAAACUUGGCUUGUACCUCUCCCGGUGCGUACUGAGAAUUUGUUUGGUAUCGCAAAUGAGGCGCUCUACUGAGUAUCACGUUUUUGAUGAUGUCGGCCACUUCCUCGGCUGUCUGGCUGUGCUCAGUGACAGUACGGUACAUUUCUUUCAAAGCCUCCUGUAACAAGGCCUGGGUCUUGUCGUCCGCUGUGGAUGAGUCGAUUCCCUCUCUCAGUGACUUGGCAUUGUUGUUGAAUGAGGUUGUCACUGGUCCAGGCUCAACCAGGGAACACCUAAAAUACGAUUAAAAUCACGAUCAUGGCCAUGAAGAAUUCUUGGACGUAAUGGGUUAUGAAAGGGUAGCGGUGGAACGGUUGUCAGUAUCCGAACAAAUGAGCACCUACCCUCCCCUCCCUUUCCCUAACCCAAUAUUAACCUCAACUUGUUACCAGUCGACUGAUGUGUUUACCUGAUGUUGAAUUUCCUCAGUGUUGGAGCCAGGCUCUCCGUCAGACCUUCCAAGGCGAAUUUAGAAGCGCUGUAUAUUUCACUGAAUGGGUGUCCAUUCACUCCGAUGAUACUGCUCACAUUGAUAAUGCGACCCUUCUUUCUUGCUUUCAUGCCCGGUAAAGCAGCUUUGAGAACUCGCAUGACCCCAAAGAAGUUUGCAUCGAACAGGUUUUGCGCUUUGUCAAUUGGUAUGCAUUCAAAUACACUCACCAGGCCUUGUCCUGCGUUGUUCACUAAGCGUGGUGGAUAAAUUUCAAAACAGAUUAGAAGAUAAACAUGAAAGCUUGUUACGAGAAGACAGAGAAAACUUGUACUCUAAUGCACGAUCUUUCGUUCCUCCCUUCGGUGGGAGUGCUAGACUUGGCCGCACGAAAGUAAACGAUUGUAUUCGUCGGUUAUUCGCGCUGUGUUACUUACCAUCAGGCUUCCCACACAUGCGCUGUUAUACUUUUGCGCUCCCUAGUUUAAAAAAAAAAAAAAAAAAAAAAAAACGCCCGAUAGCAGAGUGUAAGCUACCCUGUUUCAUGUUUCCACCGAAAUAGAAAAAAGCUUGAUCGCGGCAGACAACUCAAAACAAACGUUAUGAUUGAACUUUGUACCGGCUGCAAUCAGUCGUUUGUCUACAUAAGUGAAAUUAUUUUAGUUCAACGCAGAGCAGAGAAGUAUUUAUAGCCUCUUUUCUUGCAGAUUUGAUAUGGAACAGUGUACAAACUUACUGUCCUUUUUUUUCGUUUGACUUUGUCGUUAACAUAAUGGUUGAAUUCGCCAAGCAUUUAAGAGCCAGGCUCUAAAAAUUUUAAGAGUUUAGUAACUGAGGAAGAGUAAAUGAAGUCCAUUUUGAGUAAUGCCAAAACAAAGGUUUACUGACCUUGGUAAUAUUUACCCAUUGUGUCUAUGGUCUCUAACGAGUUAUCGCCUAUAGUAACUUAUUUCAUUUAUGGCGCUGAAAGUUCUAAGCAGAACGAAGUUUAAACACAAUAUUUGAUUGCAAAUCUUUGAAAACUAUGAAGUGCAGCGUCUGUUAGUCGCCAAAAUGCUCCUAAGGUCAUCUGAAACUCGUGAUAAACACAAGCUCAAUAUCUGUGCAAUAUGCAUUCCUCUGUCCCCAAUCUAAACAAAGCAGCAAGAAGUUAUGUAAACGUUUUUUUCAAGUUUUCUUCUUUGCUUUAUGAGGUAACUUUGUGUUGCGGCCUUUUUUUUAUUGCUCGUUUUAAAACCAGGGUGACUCAUUUAUCAAGUAAGCCGUCUUAUAUAGACUAUAUAUAGAAAACGUUCAUCGAUCGAGAACGCAGCGUAACUAAUUUGAAGGGGGCCCAACCUGCGAUUAUCAAUAUAAAGAAGUGAUUAAUUUCAUAAAAGAUUCGACACUAUCGAAGUAAUUGUUUCUUUUUGGGUAUGGUAAAAAGACGAACUACUUAUUUUAUUACGCACUCACCGAGCACAUCAAUUCUUCCCUCUUCACUCUCAAUCUCUUUUACCAAACUGUUAACGGCUUCUUCACUGCAUACGUCCAAUUCUUUUAUAAAUAGUGAUUCGCCGAGAGUUUUCCCAGCGGCUUCUUCCAAAGCUGCUUUCUUUCCGAGAUUUCUCAUUGUGGCAUAAACCUUAAAUCGCUUGUCUGCGUCGCUUGCAAGAACAACUGCUGUUGCCAGGCCGAUGCCAGUUGAGCAACCAGUAAUGAAGACAAUUCGUGGGCUUCCGUCCUCAUCUAGCUCUUCUACCUGCGGCUGUUGCUUCUCCUGGGCAUCAGUUGCCGCCACAGUGGUACUGCGGCGUGAUCCUGCCGAACCCAUUGUUAAACACGGCUACUGUAAAUGCACUCAGCUGCUAUUGAUCAGGCGAUGUACGCACUCUGAUUGCGUUACAUCAUGCUCGUAAGAGAAAAAGUAAGUCAUUUGCAUCCUGUCGCGGUCGAGUGAACAUCUUUGGUGGCAGUGAAUGUAGACAACAUACGUGGAAUGUGAUGGGAAUUCACUAUCUGUUGCCGUUCCUUCGAAAGUUAGAAAGCGUUGACGGGCAAGCGCGACUCCUGUUAUUCCACCGUGAAGAAUUCGUUCUUAGGAGGCAACUAACGAGAUUCAGGAAAAAUCGGAACUGCAGUCUCACUGAUGGCAGCAGUUACACUCACAUCCGUUGGCUUUGUCAAUGACACAAAAUUCCGAAAUUACAUUGCUAGACGUGAGUUUUUGAACAAGGAAUCGACCCUUGAUAUGCAAGCGCAUUAGAAAGAGACAGAAACCUUUUAAUACACUAACCUUUUUUUCGUGUCAUCCAUCUGGCCUGGCGUAAAUUCAGGAUUCGUGAAGGAGAAGCGCCUCCUCCAGAACGAAUGUGUCACGCUCCAUGUUUAAAAAAAGACGUGCAGAAUUUCAAAAUACUCUUAACGAAUAGAAGAUACCUAGAAGAUUGAAAAACGUAUCUCUAAAGCUAUUUUCUGCGGGAGAGAAAAUGUACUUAUUAAGAAAGAAAUAACACAGAAGAAAAUAUUGCCUUUAGUGAAAAAAAAAAACGUCGUAUAGGAAAGUAAUUAAAUAAUAGCUUCGUAAGAGCUAAAAUUUGAAGGCAAAAGAUAUAAAAGCGCUUGCGAAUAGCAGUAGUGCCACUAGUCCUUCAACAGGCCUGGUUUUUUGUUUCCGGUUUAAACGGCGUGUCGCCUCGCGCAUUAGAGAGUUAUUCAUAGGUCGAGUGACCCCUUUCAUUGCUCAACGCUAGCCUCAGUGCCUGUCCUGUCCUCAUAUGGCCUCCCUGUCUUUCUCCCUUUUCACUCGCCUCUAAUUAAGUUACUUUUUUUUCUUUUUUCUGUAUUAAGGUUGAAGACAUAGACGUUACCGAAGUUGAAUGCAUCGUAGCAAACCUGAUAUACAUGGUAAGUCAGUUGAAUGAAGAAAAAACGAUCUGCGCGCGUGAAAUAAGACUUCUACACUGCUGAUGUCUACUUUAUUCGUCAGUAGCAGUACUUUGUCUCUCGUGCCAUUUUCUUAAUAGAAAUUUAAUAAAUAAAGGCCCGCACACAAUGCCAGUAUUGUGUCUAAGGAAACUGCGAUGGCCUGGUAGUCAGCGCGAUGGUCUUGGGAUCAAAGGAUUUGGGUCGAACUUCAACCAGGGUCAUUGUAUGAUGUUCUUUGGAGAAACACGGUGUUUUUCACCAAAGAGGCAAAUUUUCUAGAAGACCUGACCAAAUUUUUGGGUAGCGAUACGAUAUACUUGUACUCCUAGUUACUUCAUGCUACGGAGACAGAGAUUAGAAACAUAGAAACUGCCGUUCUCUUAUGUAGAUGUUACCUUUUACCUUUUAUUAAUGUCUGAUAUUGUUUUGCCGAGUAAGUAGAGGAUUUUCGCUAUAUGUUUUUACGUAUUACCACAGUCACCCUGCUUGUUGUGUGUUUUUGUCUACGCGAUAUCGAUGGAACUUUAUGGCGAAAUAGAUAUGGACAAGAAUACGAUACUACCUUCCCAUUCAAACGUGUGCACUGCGUUUGUGCUCCCUUUACGCUCGAAAGACCGUUCGUAGCAACAGAAAAACAGAUUUCAAUAGUCCAUUCCCAGUUUCUUAUCCAGACCUCUCACGGCCCAGCAGUUACAUGGUAGGAUCUAGGUACGAUAUUAGUCCAUUCCCAUCUGUUUACUCGUGUUCAUGUGGUUUUUUCGCUCAUUUGUUCUUCAGGGUUAUAUCAAAGGCUACAUAUCUCACCAACACCAGAAAUUGGUGGUCAGCAAACAGAAUCCAUUCCCAGCCUUGACUAGCUUCCUGUAGUCAGUCAAAACGUGCGUUACACCAGCGUCAAGUAAACUUGAUAUUCAUUGUGCAUUCAUUCACCUGGACAUUGCUUCAUUGCUGACUCACUCGGCAAAGCAAGAGUUUGCUGGUACCUUUUUGUUGAAGUACAGCAAAGUGCGGAAAGUCUCGGUGUAUUCCGACUGACUGUCAUUCACUGAAACUUCAAGAACUAAAGAUGAAGAAGAUGUGCAUGUUUUAGGGGCUAUUACUGUUACCAGGGCCACUUAAACAAAUUUGACCAAUCGCAUUGCGGGAAGCGAGUAAUGGUGGCAACUUCUGGACUGUUCUCAUUGUGUACAUAUGUACUUUUAACCAUUACCUUCGAAAUUUUUCCUAUGCCUACUAAAUCUCGACGUUAGUAAAUAUAUAUUUGCAGCA